AUGGCGAGGAUGGCGAAAGACCGCUGGUACAAGUACCCGUUCUGGACUGACUCCAUUAACUCGACGGUGUCCAUGGUGAACCGAACUCCGUCGACAUCCUUCUCUAAGCAUUCGGUGAACGACAGCAUGGACAGUCUCAACGGGGGGCAGUGGAUGAGCUCGUGGCCGAUCCUCCACCCCAGGGAGGAGAGGCAUACGUCGACCCUUGCGCGGCAGGUGAAGUCCUUCACACCCGGAACGUGCUUGUUCAUCGACGGGCUGCGAAUGAGCAAGCGAAAGAAAGUGGAGAUGGGAGAGGAGGACGAUUCUGCGUUGACCCUGGGCCCUGGAAUCCCCAAAUUGCAAACGUACGUUUGCGACACUGUAUAG